UCUAAGCUUACAUUAGUUUUACUGGAUGUGGUGAGUGUUUUAUUACACUGACUUUAUUUUCAUAUUUUACUCACAGGGUAGAGUGAUCGGUAUUUCCUUAAGAAUUUCUUUGAAAUUGUUCUUUUCGGGGAAAUAGCAAGUAUUUGUUUGCAGGGCCGGAUCUUAUAUAUUUACAUAUAUAUGUAAUUUAUAAAUACGAAUAAUUACACAAAAUUUUAAAAUAAAAAUGAAACGCUAUAUGUGAAAUUAAAAUGUCUAUAUGCAGGCAGAACGUCAGCCAGCUUCAUCUCUAGGCAGAAUAGAUAGUUGCUCAGGGCCCCCAAAUUAUCUGCGUUGCGGCGGAAAUUAAAUUGUUUUCUUGGUAGGGGGGCCUCUCAAGCUAAGGUUUGACUAGGGCCCCUGGAAAGGUAGAUCCGGCUCUGUUUGUGUGUAAUAUGUCUAUAACAUGUACAUUUUUACUACAGAUGGUACGAAGCAAAAAGUCACAAUAGUAAGCUUUGCAGCAGAGCUAAAGUACUUUAGAUCUUUUAUUUUAUAUCCAUUUUUUUUUCCUUGAACACAUCAGAUAUAGGAAAUGUCAUUACGUGCAUGAAACAUAAGAAUUGCCAGGGUUUCAGGCAGGAUGAAUCUCACUUGCUGGGUGAAACUUAAGGGGCUUUCGAUGAAAAAGGGGGAAUGACAGCCUUUGAACUUCAAGAAGAAAAAGUGACUCGAGGGAGGAUUAGCAAGCAGGCACCUAAGGCUAAAGCAAUUGAGACUCCUGACUGACAGAGAAAGGCGAGGUUAACAAGUAUACUGUUCCUUUUUACCCCAGAUGCAGGAUUCAAGUGAGAGAAAUGUGUUGAAGUCCAGACCAAGGUUUCUGCUGGCAAGUUACACAGUGCAAGCCAGCUAAUGUCUACUAGAGGAAAGAGAAUUUUUCCACCAUUGAAAAUAAUCCCAGCAUGAAAAUACUGCUGACUGUUGGAAAAAUGUUUAGAGUGGGGGAGGGAGUUUUUCCCUCCAUUUUUUUGCUAUGUGGUUAAUAGGGCAGCACCAAAGCUGUCAGGCAGUGCAUGUUUGCUUAAAGUAAAGGAAAAGAAAAAUAUGUGGAAUUUUCCCUGGAAGGAACAGGAUGGCAUUACUAAUGCGAAGUGAGCAGUCAUCCAGCAAUGAUCGUGUUCCUGUCAUAUCCCUACGCCGUCAUUUAACCUUUGAGGAACGGAAGUCCUAGAUUUGAAGUCCUAGGCCAUGACAGACGUAUUCCUUCCUCUGCAUUGGUAAGCGCUAACAGAAGUAUGUGUGCAACAUCGUGAGGAGCCAAAGCACAACGUGAUGAAAAACAGAACCGGAAGAUCUGCCUUGUAGCUGCAAAAGAAGGGCCGCAGAAACGAUUUAUACAAAAGAGGGAGAGAAAGUGUCAUCCAGUAUCUGUCUCAGCCACACAGAGCAUCUUUUCCCCACUAAUGAAGUCCAGCCGAAGAAUAGCUUUGUUUCUGUUUGUCUUUACAAAUUAUUUGCCCUUAACAUACUUUUCAGCUGAGUCGCAGCAUCACAUCUGGGGAGAAAGUGAUAUACGUGCAUCUGCGAUGUGGACCAAAGCCUUAAAUCGUUAAGGUGUUUCCUCGACGACAUGAGGCUUAAAUUAUACGGACUCUGCUCCCUUCACGUAUAAAGAAUGGUGACAUUCUUUUAUGGAAACCGUCCCCUGAUUUGAUCUUGUGAAAGGAAGUUAGAGGACACAUUCUUAGAGCGAAUUGGCCAAGAAGACAAGGAUAAUAGCCAAGAAUGUGUGUUUUUUUUUACAGUGCUGUAAAACGCUGGCUAUUUUCCAUUUCCAGCAUGUCAUUUAUAGUCUUAUAAUGGAUCCAGCCAAGAGCCGAAAAGACUUGUUGUGCUGAUAUUUUUGAGAGCACUUCAUUUGAUGAGGUGUUGAAGUAGGUCUUUAUCUUUUUAACUAAAGCACACUUCCACAGGCAGAUAUUCUGUACGUUGCCCUGUUUGACUGACUACAGGGUGUCUCGGGUUUGGUCAGUCUGUUUCAGGGGGAUAGACGUGUGGACUGGGCUCCGAUAGUACCAUUAGAUCAUGCUGAAGUCAUGUUUUUGACACUUUGAGGGUCGCAUGCUUGCAUUAAUGAAAUAGGUUCCUCGCCCACUUUCUCCGUUUAUUGCUGGUUGCUUUCAGCUGCUGGUCUAGGGCACUCUCGCCUGCUUUCUGGCCCAGAUGGGGUUCCGUUCCCUGGGGGCCUGUACCACUUUUCCCUGCCCUGGAUGAUUGACGCCAGCAUGUCUGGUGUGAUGGCCGUCAGGACACGCCCCCUCACUGGCCUUUUGCAAUCCUGCAGAUAGAGCCAGCCGCUCAGCCCAGUACGCAGAAAACGGGUGGCGCUAACAGCCCCCCGGCCUGUGCUGGCUCUGGUAUUCGCCAAGUAUAACGGAAGUAGAAAAACACAUGUUUAUUUAUUUAUUUUAUUUAUUUAUUUCAGUAUCCGUUUCUCCGUAGCCUGAUUGGAAUCUGGCCCCUGCCAUGAAAGUCUGUGAUGAUUAGCCACCCUGAUACCCUCACCGCCUAGUCCGCUGGGAAUCUUCUGGAAUUCUCUUAUCAGCUUCCUGGCAGCAUUGCCUGACUCGGGCCACAGGACUGAUCUGAGACUCCCCCAAGCUUAUCGCGCGGAGAGUGGCUCCGUGGAGCUGUCACAGAGGUUCCCUUCCGGGUUUAUCUUCUUGUUAUAGCUGUAGAUUUUUGGGGAAAUUGGGAAACACUCCAAGAAGACGUUCCUAGACAGCAAUGAGAGAAUCAUAGACAUUAGCAAAGCAAAUAGGUUGAUCGACUUUGAAUAUCAAAGAGAAAUUCAGUUUGGUUGUGGAUUACGCACCGGCGCGAUUAAAUGAGUUGAGAUUAUGGUGCUCACUUACUUUUUCUCCUUCUACUUAAAGAGGAGAAGUAUGUCUCAGUGCAACCCUACACCAGCCAAGGAAAGGAUGAGAUUGGGUUCGAAAAAGGGGUUACCGUGGAGGUCAUCCAAAAGAACCUGGAAGGUUGGUGGUAUAUCAGAUACCAAGGCAAGGAAGGAUGGGCCCCAGCUUCCUAUCUCAAGAAGCUGAAAGAUGACCUAUCCCCUCGCAAAAAGACCCUGACCGGCCCCGUGGAGAUUAUCGGCAAUAUCAUGGAGAUCAGCAACCUCCUGAACAAGAAGGCGGUGAGCGAGAAGGACGUGCAGACGGACCAGGAGCCCGAGGAGCCCCAUGUCACCAAAAAGGAGAUCAGCCUCCCCAUUCCUUGUGAGGACCCUGGAAGCGGUGGCAGCAGUGGUGGCGCCGCCCUGCUGGACACCAAGCCGAAAGCAGAGCCCAGCUCCCCAGCCAUAGCCCGCAUUGCUCCUCACAGAGUGGAGAUCGGAUCUCCAAACCUCAGACAAAAACCGCCUCCACGAAGAGAAACAAGCCUGGGAUUUCAGUUGCCAAAACCACCAGAGCCCCCUAGUGUCGAAGCUGAGUACUACACCAUUGCGGAGUUCCAGUCCUGCAUAUCUGACGGCAUCAGUUUCCGCGGAGGACAAAAGGCUGAUGUUAUAGAGAAGAACUCCGGUGGGUGGUGGUAUGUACAGAUUGGAGAAAUGGAAGGUUGGGCCCCCUGCUCCUACAUUGAUAAAAGGAAGAAACCCAACCUUAGUAGGCGAACCAGCACUCUCACCAGGCCCAAAGUCCCACCCCCUGCUCCUCCAAUCAAGAAGCAGGACUCUGAGGAGGGAACUGCACCCAGCAGCCCGGCAGCAAAAGCCUCCGAAUCUCCCAGCAAGCCCGUGUACGAGGAACCCGAGUACGAUGUUCCUGCUAUUGGACUUGAUUUGGAAGCAGAGCUAGACUUCCUGAAAGAAGGGUCUUGUCUGGAUAUCAAAAUCGAUUACCCUUCAGAGAAGAUCUUCCAGCCACUUUCCAAGAAUUCCUCUGCUUCUCUUCUGCAGAGUGCGUCCUUCAAGGUAGGGGAGUCCACAGAGGAUAUUACGAAAGAGGAGGAGACUAUUUAUGAGAACGAUGGCUUUAGGCCUCAGAGCGAGGACCCUGGCUCCAGCAAAGACUCCAGCGGUGACUCUGACUCAGCAAAGACGAAUUCCUUUUCUGCAGCCUGCAAAGUCACAUGCUCUCGGAUGUCCUUGGGUUGUGGAAAAGCACCUAAGAAACCACAACCUGAAAUGAGCAGAAGUCAGUCCCUAACCAAAGCCGAGGAGGCCAGCUCCAGGUCCUCCUUCGAUGAAUCCAGCCGAGGGCCCACUAAGCACACGGAGAUCAGGAAAGAUGCUGAACCAAAAAUAGGCCAGAGCCCGUCCACCAAGCCCAAGCCUGUGGUGAGACCCAAACCUCUUCUGGCCAAAUCAGAGCCUCAGAGCCCAGAGAAAAUGGACAUCAGCACCCUCAGACGCCAGCUUCGGCCAACAGGCCAACUGAAGCAUGGUCUGAAAGCCUCCAGAGGUGAGGACUCAGAAACUGCCUCUGUCAUCUCCUCGGAGGACUCUGUGUCCUCGCGGAGCACCUCUGAUCUGUCCAGCAUUUACUCCAAAGGAAGCAGGGGUGACUCGGAUUUUGAGACCUCCUUCUACCGGACCACUGACAGCUAUGAGAAAGUGCAGGAUUCUGAAAUUAGCUUCCCUGCAGGAGUGGAGGUGGAGGUUCUGGAGAAGCAAGAAAGUGGCUGGUGGUAUAUCAGAUGCGGGGAUACAGAGGGUUGGGCUCCCACGUACUACCUGGAGCCGCAUCGGCCGCAGUCUGACACGGCUGGUUCGGAGUCAGACGGCACCCCUACUAAGCAGGGAAGCAUGAGCAAGUCCAACAGCCUGGAGAAAAAUGAACAAAGGGUCCAAGCCCUGAACAACAUCAACCAGAAUAUGAGGCGGGUCACUCCACCCAUUCCAUCAAAGCCACCCGGGGGCUUCGGAAAACCCACUGGCCUCGUUAACGGCUCAGUGAAGAUGAGGAACGGGGUCAGGCAGGUUGCAGUGCGACCUCAAUCUGUCUUCGUGCCCACGCCUGUCAAGGAUACCAACAUCCACACAGGGUCCCUCAGGAGAAAUGAGUCCCUCAACUCCACCGACCAGGUGAAGUCAGGCACGGCCGUACGUCGCAACUCUUCUUUCACCGUUGUCCGUCCCCAGAUGGCCGAUGCCAAGGUCAAGCAGCCGGACAAGACUGGCAUGGGCAGCACAGAAACGCUAAGCAGGGUCGCCCAAAAGAAUGGCAUCCCGGUGUCCACCGUGAAACCCAAACCUAUUGAGAAAUCCCACCUCAUACACAACAACCUCAAAGAAGUUUACACCUCCAUAGCUGAUUAUCGUGGCGAUGAUGAAACAAUGGGGUUUUCAGAAGGAACCAGUUUGGAAGUUUUGGAACGGAAUCCGAAUGGGUGGUGGUACUGCCAGGUGCUUGAUGGUGGGCAGCCUCAAAAGGGAUGGGUGCCAUCCAACUAUUUGGAAAGAAAGAAGUAAUGUUACAAAAACAUUGUUUAAAAUUUUGUACAGUCGUUUUAAAGACAGUUGGGGGGGGGGGGGGGGCAAAUCACCUGAAAAGAGACACUUUUAGUGCUGGUUUACUAAAUGUACACACAAAGACUGUAAAAUUUCAGUGGGCCUAUUGUCGGUUUGAACAAGUAACUGAAGGUGGGAGGGGCCUCUCCGGAAUCUCAGUGCAUUGAGAGGAUGUUGUAGUCGACUUUGAAAUUAAAAAGAAGGCAGUAGCACCUUUUUUCAGAGGGGUUGAUGAUGGAGUUUUGCAGGAUUGUGUCAUGCACAAUUCACGUGUUUUCAGGUUGCCAAAUGGGUGCCUUUGUUGAUUAUGUUCAAUACAUACAGUAUACUGAAGAGUCAACUGAAUAUUAAUCGCUAUUCAAAAAACACCAAAUUCAUUACUGUGCCAAAGGCCUAAGAGCUUAGAUGAUUACCAAAUUAGUUUCUUUUGGAAUCCAAAGAAAUUAAACCUUAAUUAAAAAUUAGUUCUCAGUCCAAGAAUAUUUAACAUGGAAUUGGAUCAAACUUGAGUUCUCAAAACUGCGAAAAGUAAAUAAAAACAUAACAGGAGCUUAAUGAUUUACAAAAGGGUAUUGGUGUCUCAGUGACAUCUGUUUAGCUCUGUUCAUUGUUUUGGAAAUGUAUUGUUUGUUUGUAAGUGUUGUAUGUUUUCAUGUUUUCCUUAGAGAUGUAUUUCUGCCUUAGUCUUGUGACAUACAGAACACACUGUCAGCCUAAAAUUUGAAGUUGUUUAGGUCCUUGGGCAGAUUUUCUGCUGUGAUCAUUUGUAUUUGGGAAUCUGUCUAACAAGCACAGUUUCCUAAAGUUUGCCCCAUGUUUUUGAAUUUAACGGGUCAUUCAUUAGAGUCUCCACAAGGCAGAAUCGCUAACAACAGAUCAUGUUAAGUCCAGUUAUGGAGUGAAUCUGCGAACUUGAAAUAAAUUCAUCUCAUGUCGAUAGCAAAGAAAACUAAAGAUUAAGUUGCUUCUCGAAUGCUUUUCGAAAUGAAAAGAACUGCCCUACUAGUAUCAGUAUAUGCUGAACAGAGAUUUGGGUCAUGAACUGAAAAAAAAGAUUCUUUUUUAUUUUUACCAGUAAUUCCAGAAAAAAAAAAACAUAUUUUGUAUAUAUUGCUGCUCUAUGUGUUCGGUUAACACUGCUGCUGCAGUGGAAUAGGAAAUAGUUUACAGAGAACACAAAACUGUACUGGAAAUACAGCACUCCCAGGGAAGUAGCUACUUAGUGUAACCCCAAAAUGUGAUUGAACCAACAAUGGACAUCAUGAGAAAAAAAAAGAAAAAAAAAAAACUUUUGUGUAGCUUUAGUAUUUAAUUGGUGUGCACAUGAAAUACAAUAUAUUCAUCGGAGUACCAAAACGGAAUGAAAAAUAUGUUCUGAGUAUGUUGCAGUAUCAAUAUCUGGAAGCACUUGAUGUGUAUGUUCCUAGACAAGUAAAACACAUUGUCAAAAUGGGAAAUCUAAUAUUGCCGAGCAGUGAUUGUUUCAUUCACAACUGCAGUUGUUGAUGUCUAAAAUUGUGGUAUAAAAUUGGCAAUUUAAUUUUAAAGGUUAGUCAUAAUGGUUAAUAAUUAAUUGAUUAAAAAAAAAAAAAAAAAGAUUACCAAUAUAAUAAAAUUCCAGAUAAAGCAUUACUUCCCAAAUUACAAAAUCAGUCGCCAAGGCGCUGAAGAAGAUACUACUUCAAAUGGCUGAUGUUCAAGACUGCUGAAAUAUUUUUCUAAUGAAUAGUGUGAGCUCUGCAUCUGGGUUAAGCACUAACUUUUCACUUAAUUUCUGCUGGACAGUGUUAAAUAUAGUAUUAGAAAAAGUACAGUGCCUGCUAGAUAGCAGUUUUUAUUCUUGCAGACAGUAGAUUUGUUGUGUGAUUAUACACGGACAAUAAUGAUGAAUGAAGUGGCUCAUUUUUGUAAAUGAAUGCACUUUAGAAUGUUUCAAAAUCUGGAGUGCAUUACUUAAAGAUGCAGUAUAAUAAUUUGUCAGAAUCAGCACAAUAUUUAUUUAAUAGAUUUUUUUAUUUAUAAUAAUUUAAAUAUUUUUUUUUUUACCUGUAAUACGCAGAAUAUGUAACACUGUCUCUCACAAGAGUAGUUUGUCUGUUUUAGUACAGUACAAUAUAGGGAUUUUCUUUUGGGCUGAGAUACAAUGUCCUUUUUUUCUGACAUAUUAAUUGGGCAGUUAUUUGGUCAUUUUUUAGGACUAAAAUAAAUUCUGUUGCCAGGCUGGUCAAGCACUUUGGCAUCCUCAUAUAAUUCAGGGAUUGUUAUUGUAUUUCUGCAGCAUACAGCAGCAGAUGGGGUCCUUGGGUUGGAGCAAGCUAUGGUCUUUCGAUUCGAUUCUUGAUUUUUUUUCCCCAAGAGCCUCUUUAAUUAUUUGCAAAAAAUAUUCUGCAGGCUCUUGUGAAUGACAGCUGUUACCACACCACAUUUUUGGCAAUUUCUACCCUUGGGAGAAACAAAAUAAAAACCUCUAUCAAAUUAACUGUGCGUUAAACAUUAUCUUAUAGUAAUGCAGCUGUUUUUAAUUAUUAUUUUUUUAAUUUGGCAUCAUUUUCCACCUUCUAAAAUAUCAAAUUACUAUUGUAAUGCUGUAUACUGCAACUUUAGCAAUAAUGGACACUUCCUCUGUCAUUAUUGAGCUUUAUUUAAUGCCGGAUUAAGUAUUUAUUUAUUCCCAAUGAUGUGUUUUGGCAAGUUAUGGUGAGACAAUCAUUCUGAUUCUCUACCAGCAAUAUUUAAAACCCAAAAGCUGUAAACAUUUACUGACAUUCAGAAAGAACCACCCCAAAAUGCAGUUCACCGUAGUAUGAAUGUAAACCCAUCGCACAUCUUCCCUUUAUAUGUCCAUUCAACGUUAUAAAUAUAGCGUAACAUAAAUACAGGAAAAGAGUGAAAAAAGACAAUUUAGCUUGGUUUGUUGUGUAACCUAGACAGGUGCAGGCUUUUAUGCAUAUAUGCAACCUUAAUGUAAAGAUUACACAGUAUUGACUUAAAAUUGCAGUUUUGGCUGUGAAGUAUGAAUUAUAUUGUAGAAGACAAGAAAAUGCAUUACAUAUUCUCUCCCCUUAUUCCCCUUGACGAAGGCAUUAUGUAAACGUGUUAAAUCACUCAAAUGUUUAGUACAGCACAUAUUAAUGGUAAUUGUGGUAAUAAAAUGGUAAUGGUAAUUGCUUUUGUUGCGUAAAUAAAAGUAUCACUGCUUUUGCUUCUCUAAAACCACAAGGGAAUUUAAAUUGCUCUUUUAGUUUUUGCUUAAUAGUUAGUGAUAUAGUAUUGUAUGUUUUUCUUUUCAUUUUUUUGAUAGUUUUCCUUUAUAUGAUAUUCUACUCCUCUUUCCCCUAUGUAUUUUGCAUAAUCCACAAUUAACGAGGACAUGUGCAAUAGAAAGGCUUCUUACCAAAACUUCCUUAUUGAAAUGCAUAGGCUAAACUUCACAACCUAAAGAUCUCCUAUUGUCUGAGAUGAACACAGGGAAUUUCAAUGUAUUUGUAAUUUAAAACGUUAUUAAUGUUUGACCUGAAACAAUUUCCAUUGUCAUAUUUUGAUAUGAGGUUAUAAUGACUCAGUGUCUUCCUUUAUGCCUUGAUGUGUAGAAUUUUAUGUUUAAUAUUAAUGCAUACAAAUGCCCUCCGAUGUUUGUCUCAUAAAUCACGGAGCUUGGGAUUGAAUGAAAAAAUAUAUUGACUGACCCUAAGAUUUAUUUGAGGUUGACCCUUGCAACUGUCUAGGGAACUUUGAGUUACAUGUUGUUAAUUAAAGGCUUGAGUUGUUUUGGUACUUCAUACAUUUUUUACAAUCUUGUUAAACCAAGUUAAGGCCAUUUGCAUUGUCUCCAUCAUUCCGUGAUAUUGCCACAACAUUAUCAUAGUAAUCUGUGAGGAGAUUUUCUAUGAGGUUUGUGUUCCUCUGCUACAAUCUGUCUCUAGCUUUGUUCUUCUGUUGCCAUGGUAAAGGGAGUUGAAUCAGAGGUCAGGAUGUUGCAGUGUAUCCAUGACGGCCGAUUGAAAUUUUAUUGACAUAUCACUGAAGGUGUCUCCCUGGGAUUUUUUCAUCCAGUUUUAUAAAUGAUGAUGUCACAGUUUUUGAAAGUACCCAGUAGUGUUAUUCCUGACUCCACAAGUCUCUAAAAAUGUUUUUCAUUUUCAUUAGAAUUCAUUUUUUUUUUAAUUAUUAUUAUUUUUGCAAAUCUUUGGUAUAGCUCGGACAUUUGACAAUGGGUUUUGACUCUGGUUUAGAUUCAUGGGGGACUGUGGUUCCACACUGACGUACAUGUGUAUGUUUAAAACAAUGGGGUGAUUAGUUUAUGUGAAGGGAAAUGGAUUGUCAGUCUUCAUUUGGCAAGUCAACCAAGUAAAGAUGUCUGGCUAAGUCUUUGAAAAGAUGACCUAAGAAAGAUGUUUAGCAACCUUGGCAGUUUGAAAAUGAACACGGAAUUGUAUGUUUCUCUGGUCCUUUUCUCCCAAAACCUGUUGACCCCCAUCUAUUUUUUUUAAGCAACCCCCACCCCCAGUUUUAAUGUUGCCAGUUUUUAACCUGCUACUCGCGCCCUUCUGCUAAAUCCCAGCUUCAAGCCAUUUACAAUGGGAUCGCUGCGCCUUUUUCGAAGCAAGCAAUUUGCAAGUCAGCGUAUGAGAUGGAGGUUAGAGAGGUCGGAGAGUGCAUGCCGAUGGUUCGUGCUCUGUUGUGUCAUGAAGUGGGGGAGGUGAUGUCGGAGAGAUGGAGUUUCGAUGAUGUGUGGGAUUGGAGAAAAUAUAUUGUGAUGCAAGCAGGCUUUCAUCAUAAACACUAGGCAAGAUGUAAGAUACUGAAGCUAAUGAACCUGCUAAUUUACACUGAAGGAAUGCUAUCACUAACUCAUUUUUUCCUCAUUUUAUAUAAACAUGCCAAUGAUUGAAUGGUCUUGGGAAUCCAUAAUUAGUGUUUUGGCACUUAUACUAAAAUGAAAGCUUUGUAUUGUAAAGAAUAGCUAUAUGACAAACUGCUGAGACUAAUCUUACAAAUAAUGAAGAUUUAGAUAUAUUUCUAUUAUUUUUUAUUUGUUUACUGGUUUUUAAUUAUCUCCAACUUGAACUAUACCAUUUUUGGUUUCCCAAUAAAAUGGAGGGAAAAAUGCUUUAAAAAAAAAAAACAGUCAUUGAAAGGCAUGAAGAAAAGUAUUUGCAUGUCUAUGUGUGUGUUGCUGAGGUAGAUCUCUGUGGGAGUCUUUGUAAGUCUUUUAAUGUGUCUUUGAGAUGGGCUACGGGAAUCGUUGAAAGGAUUCCAUGGGCAGAACGCGAGCUUACAAAGAGCGCUGCUGCUGGGUUAAGGCUGAGGCGGCCGUGUGGCCAACCUCAUAAAGCUAUAUUUAACGUAGGAAACAUUGUUUAAUAAUAAUACUGCUUCUGCUGCUUGAGGCAUGAGGUGGGUUGGCUUUUACAUCUGUGCUUUUCAAGUCUGCCACUUUCUUACCCACACAUGUACCACAUAAUUUACUCCAAUAGGUUGCAGGACGAAAAUGAAAAACAAAGCCUUUAAUCUAAUAAAUGUACUCAGUACAGCUAAAGAAAUCUGAUGGAAAUUUGAAAUGAUUAACUCCAAAGAGAAUUACCGCUUCUUAUUUUAGGUAAAAAGAAAAAAAAUGUGUUGUGAAUGUUGAGUUGUAGGUUUACGGUUGACUUGGGUUCAGGUGGGAUUGUUGGGAUUAAAGUGCCAGAAACCUUUUUAAAAAUCUAAACCAAAGUCAAAACCAGAUUCUGGGCUUAGCAAAGUCAGAUCAACAAACCAAGAAAAUGUUGUUGCCUUCUCACGGCCUAACAGCUACAUGACAUCAUCCCACAUUAAACAACUCGGACCAAAUGUGGCGCUAACAAUCUUGUUUGUAUUUUUUUCUCGUUAUGCUUAUGCAAUAUUUUUUAAACUACAGGCGGCUCCUGUUUACAGAAAAUGUACAAGGAAAUCUGCAAGUCCAUCUGAAGCAUAACCAAAUCAAGUUUGAGAAGUGGGAUUGUCAGAGUGUGUUUGGUACUGGGCCAGAUGUAGUUGCAGUUGAGUUUGAUUUUGGGAUCUGGAUUUAUAAUCAAACUAAUCAAACCCUUAAAAUGUACAUUUUUUUUAAACAGGGAUGUUGCCGUUUACACUUUAUUUCAAAAAUCUGUUUUGUUUUUGAUUCUUUUUUUUUGUAUCAUGUUCAUGUUUACAUUGUAUCUUGCAUUGCCCUAAAGAAAACACUAUAAAAUGUAUUAUCUUUGUUUAUUGUAA